AGUUAUACAAACUCAUGUAAGUGCAUUUUCUAACAAGUAGGCCUUGACUUUAGCCAUAAAGAAAAAAUUGAAUUUUAAAGAUGCCAUAUUCAUAUCUGUUUGAAUAGAUUCAAAUGCAAUGCAAAUAGCAGCUGAAAUUAUGAAACAUACAAAUUCUGCUCCAAUCACUAAGAAAAGGCUUACUGUAGGUGAAAUAGAAGAUCUACACCAAGAACUGAGAACCGAAGAUCAUAUGAUUCCUUUGGAACAACUAUGUCAUAAAUUAAAUACUGAUGUUGAUAAUGGUUUAACAGAAGAAGAGGUGAGCAAGGUUUUCCAUAUAGUGGGACCAAAUGCUCUGACCCCACCUAAAGUAACUCCAGAAUACAUUAAAUUCAUUAAGUGUAUGUUUCAUGGAUUCGCUGGCCUGUUAUGGGGCUGUGCAUUUUUAUGCCUCAUUUUGUACGGACUCAGUAUGCUACUUGAAGGUACAGGUGGUGGCAUUGAAUGGUUGGGAGUUAUCAUUAUACUGAUUUGUUUACUCUCAGGAAUAUGUGCAUAUGUACAAGAAAGUAAAAAUACAAAAGUGAUGGAGUCAUUUAAAAAAAUGGUACCUACUUUUGCAACAGUAAUAAGAGGUGGUGUUAAACAACGUAUAGCAACUGAGGAGUUAGUCCCAGGGGAUCUAGUACAUAUUAAAUUCGGUGAUAAAAUACCAGCUGAUAUCAGGAUCAUAAAAUGUCAGGAGCUUAGAGUUGAAAACUCAAGCAUUACCGGUGAAAGUGAACCUGUAGUUCGAACAAAUUAUCCUACAGACGAAAAUCCCUUAGAAUCAUCUAAUGUCGCCUUUUUCUCAUCUUUUGCCGUGGAUGGAGAAGGAUACGGCAUAGUGAUAGCCACCGGUGAUAACACAAUGAUAGGACGACUCGCUGGUCUUACAUCUCAGCUUGAAAAAGAGGAUACACCAAUUGCUAAAGAAAUCGGACACUUUGUUCAAAUAAUCACCACUGUAGCUGUACUAUUUGGAACGCUAUUUUUUGUAUUAUCAUUGAUAAUUGAGCCCAAUAUCCUCAAAGCAUUUACUUAUAUGCUAGGUAUAGUGAUAGCCAAUGUUCCUGAAGUCUUGCUUGUCACCGUUACCACAAGUUUAACACUAACGGCACAAAAAAUGGCAGAAAAGAAUUGCUUAGUUAAAAACCUGGAAGCUGUUGAAACACUUGGAUCUACCUCAACCAUUUGUUCAGAUAAAACUGGAACUCUGACACAAAACAAAAUGAGUGUGUCUAAUUUAUGGUUCGGACACACAAGGUACCAUUUUCCGCCAGGCCAAAUAUUAGGCAUUGAGAAGCAUCUACUAUUGGAUAAACCAGCUUUUAACAUAAUGAUCAAAAACGCUACUCUUUGUUUACGCGCAGAAUUUGUUACGGAAUUCAUCUUAGUGAGCCCGAUAGAAGAACGAGAGAUACUCGGUGACGCAUCUGAAACAGGUAUCCUCAGAUUCUGUGAACAUAUACACUCUACAGAGAAGUUCAGAGAAGCCCACCCAAAGGUUGCAGAAAUACCAUUCAACUCUGUAACCAAGUACCAAAUGUCCAUUCAUCAGGAUGAAGAUGGAUAUACAAUGAUUUUGAAAGGUGCACCAGAAAUAAUCCUGGAAAAAUGCUCCCAUAUAUUAAAUUCUGAUGGAGAAACAAAAGAGGUGACUCCACUGGAUCUGACAAUUUCUCGAAGAGCCUGUGCAGAGUUAGGAUAUAUCGGUGAACGUGUAUUAGCUUAUUGUGAUCUUCAUUUGCCUGCCAGUAAAUAUGGUGUAGACUUCAAGUUCAAUACUGACUCUGCAAGUACAUACAACUUCCCAACAAAGGGUUACAGGUUCGUUGGACUAAUUAGUCUCCUUGAUCCUCCGAGACCAGCUGUGCCCGAUGCUGUCAAAAAGUGUCGUACAGCUGGUAUCAAAGUAAUAAUGGUAACAGGUGAUCAUCCAGUGACAGCAAUGGCAAUAGCAAAAAAGGUGGGCAUCAUAGGCGAAGGUCAUGAAACUAAAUACGAACGAGCAAUAUUACAAAAUAAAUCAUACACUCAAAUAACUGAUGAUGACAGCGACGCCAUAAUCAUUACUGGUUCUGAACUGAGAAACAUGGACACAAAAGAAUUGGAUCGCGUUAUACGAAACUAUCAGGAAAUAGUUUUCGCGAGAACAUCUCCACAACAGAAAUUACUCAUCGUAGAAAGUUGUCAACGACUAGGGGAGAUUGUCGCAGUAACUGGUGAUGGAGUCAAUGAUUCACCAGCAUUGAGGAAAGCGGACAUCGGUGUGGCUAUGGGCAUAACUGGCUCCGACGUGGCGAAAAACGCAGCCGACAUGAUUCUUAUGGAUGAUAAUUUUGCAUCUAUUGUAACUGGAAUUGAAGAAGGUAGACUGAUAUUUGACAAUCUUAAAAAAUCGAUACUUUAUACUUUAACUUCUAGCGUGCCCGAGAUGAUACCUAUGUUAAGUAGUUUAAUAUUUGCUAUUCCUUUACCCCUCAUCCUUGAGAUGAUUCUUUGUAUAGAUGUAGGGACAGAUUUACUUCCAGCAAUAGCGCUAGCCUAUGAGAAAGCCGAAUCUGACAUAAUGCAGCGUGCACCCAGGAAUCCGCAAUACGAUAAGCUCGUAAACAGGCGUUUGAUAUCCGUUGCUUAUGGUCAGAUCGGAAUGACUCAGUCCUUAGCCGGAUUCUACACUUAUUUUAUGAUUCUUAUGUUAAAUGGAUUUCUACCUGAUCGCUUGUUAGGAUUAAGAUUAGAUUGGGAAAACAAAUCCAUUAAUGAUUUGCAAGAUUCAUAUGGGCAAACAUGGACUUAUGAUACAAGGAUGGAUUUACUGAACGAAGCUCGUACCGGAUAUUUCUUAUCUAUUGUUAUAACUCAACUCAUAGAUUUAAUAAUGUGCAAAACUAGAGUUAAUUCAAUCUUAGAACAAGGAAUGGAUAACUGGUUUUUGAAUUUUUCUUUGAUUUUUGAAAUCAUUUUAACUGGAUUUCUCUUGUAUGUGCCAGGAAUAGGAAAAAUAUUAAAAUUUAUGCCAUUAAGUGCCUAUUGGUAUUGGCCUAGUUUACCACUUGGUGCAUUUCUCUGGGCGUAUGAUGAAUUUAGAAGAUGGUGCAUCCGUAAAUAUCCACGUGGAAUGAUGGCACGUGAAACUUAUUACUAAAUAUAUCAGACUUAGCUUAUAAUACUAUUAUUUAUAAUAAUUAAU